AUGAACCGCAGAGGAAACGGCACCAGUAUCUCCUCCUCCUCAUCGGAGCAGCGGGGCACCCGCAGCAACGAGAAGAUCGAUGAGCCAGUCACAGAGUUGCCCAACGAGGGUGAAAUGGAGCUGCAUCGUGGGCUCAAGGCGAGACACAUCACCAUGAUUGCUAUCGGUGGUGCUAUCGGGACAGGGUUAAUUAUUGGAACUGGAUCGGCGCUGGCCCGUGCGGGACCUGCGUCUAUAUUGAUCUCGUAUACGAUUGUGGGUUUUUUGGUGUAUCUGGUAAUGUGUGCGCUGGGAGAGAUGGCGGCAUGGCUGCCAAUGUCUUCGGGGUUUACAGGGUAUGCGGCGAGGUUUUGUGAUCCGGCUCUAGGGUUUGCGUUGGGGUAUACAUAUUGGUUUAAAUACAUCAUUGUCACGCCAAAUCAAUUGACGGCUGCGGCGCUGGUGUUACAGUAUUGGGUAGACCGAGACAGAGUCAAUCCGGGAGUCUGGAUUGCUAUCUUUCUGGUUACUAUCAUCUGCAUCAACUACUUUGGAAUCCGCUUUUUCGGAGAGUUUGAAUUCUGGCUAUCCAGUAUCAAAGUCGUGACCAUCGUCGCCCUCAUCAUUCUCUCCGCCGUCCUCGUCCUCGGCGGCGGCCCCGACCACGACCGCAAAGGUUUCCGCUACUGGAAGAGCCCCGGCGCCUUCAGAACCUACGUGGACACCGGCGACACUGGCCGCUUCCUCGGUCUCUGGUCGACCUUCGUCAGCGCAACCUUCGCCUAUCUCGGCACCGAGCUCGUCGGUGUGACUGUCGGCGAGGCCCAGAACCCGCGAAAGACUAUCCCCCGCGCAAUUAAGUUGACAUUCUACCGUAUCGUCUUCUUCUACGUCUUCUCCGUCUUCCUCCUCGGCAUGCUCGUCCCCUACGACUCCCAAAAACUCAUGGACGCUACCAAGGCGUCCACCGGCGCCACCGCGAGUCCCUUCGUCGUCGCCAUCCAGCUCAGCGGCAUCCCGCACCUCCCCGGAAUCCUCAACGCGUGCAUCCUCAUCUUCGUCUUCUCGGCCUCGAACUCGGACCUCUACAUCGCUUCACGAACCAUUUACGGUCUCGCGAAAGAAGGAAAGGCCCCGGCCUUCCUGGCCAAGACUGACUCCCGCGGUGUCCCCUACAACGCCCUCGGCCUAUCGGCAUCUUUCGCCCUGCUGGCAUUCAUGAACGUUGCUGAGGACUCCAAAACGGUGUUCACGUACUUUGUCAACCUCGUCACCAUCUUCGGUAUCCUGACGUGGAUCUCGAUCUUGGUCACCCACAUCUACUUUGUGCGCGCGCGCCGCGCUCAGAACGUCACGGACGACCAGCUGGCGUAUACGGCGCCCCUCGGAGUGGCGGGAUCUUAUGCCGCCCUGGUGAUGUGCAUCCUGAUUGCGGUGUUUAAGAACUGGAAUGUGUUUGUGGCUGGAUCCUAUGGCAAGUGGGAUUACAAGUCGUUUAUAACAGGUUACAUCGGUAUUCCGCUGUACUUGAUUAUGAUAUUUGGGUACAAGUUCUUGUACAAGGGCACAGGGCUGGCGCCGGAGGAUGCGGACUUGUUUACCGGCAAGGACAGGAUCGACAGAGAGGAGGAAGCAUUCUUGGCCAGCCAGGCAGAGAAGGGGACCGAAAAUCGCGGUGGAUGGUUUUAUAGAACAUUUGUGUCUUGGCUGUUUUAG